AAACAACAGAGCUUCAUAAUAUGCCGCUUCAUAAACCCCUAUAAAAGGAGUGCCCCCUGCCCUGCAACUCUGCUACUCAGCUCACUUCACAUAAUGGCUUUUGUUUCUUUCGCCACUCCCUUUGUCCUUUCUCUGCUCCUCUCCACCGCCCUAGCCACUACUUCCCCACCGCCGGCCGAAGCCCCUCAUCCUCCACCACCCCACCACCACCACCACCAUCACCCCCCCACCCCACCCCCAACCCCAACCCCUCCUCCCGUUAAACCCCCGUCCCACCCUCCCGUUAAACCCCCGGCUCACCCUCCCGUCAAGCCGCCGGCUCACCCUCCCGUUAAACCCCCAGCUCACCCUCCCGUCAAGCCGCCGGCUCAUCCUCCCGUGAAACCCCCGGCUCAUCCUCCCGUGAAACCCCCGGCUCACCCCCCAGUGAAGCCGCCAUCUCAGCCGCCGAAAUACCCUCCAAUGAGGAAGAAGGUGGCUAUUCAGGGCGUCGUCUACUGCAAGUCCUGCAAGUAUAGGGGAGUCGACACUCUCGUCGGAGCCACUCCUCUCCUCGGCGCUGUGGUGAAGCUGCAAUGCAACAACUCGAAGAUCAGCUUGGUGGAGCAGAUGAAGACCGACAAAAACGGCUUCUUCUUCUUCAUGCCGCAGAAGCUGACGACAUCCGGGUCCCACAAGUGCAAGGUCUUCCUCAUCUCGUCACCCUCGGCGGCGUGCAGCGUCCCCACCAACCUCCACGACGGCGCCGUCGGCGCCAUCUUAGCGGCCAAGCCGCCCGUCGACACCCCGCCGAAGCCGCUGCCGUUUGAGCUCUUCACCGUCGGGCCCUUCGCCUUUGACGCCGCCAAGAAACUGCCAUGUCACUACUAGCUAGAAAAUUACGCUAGCUUUUUACAGGAUUUCAAUUGGUUGGUGCCUGUGUUUAUGUUUGGUUAGUACGUACGUCGUCGUUUCGUGCUUGAUUGUGCUUGUUUUCUCUUCUCUGUGUACAAUACAAUGAAGCAUUUGGAUUUGGCUGCCGCUAAUAAAGUUUGAUUAGUUUUUAGAAUA